AUGGUGCAAAGCUACCUGCGGCACGGGCCAACCCAGGCUUUUGGUCUGAUAUGCAGCUCAACCUCCAACUCACUAUAUGAUGGUAAACUAGCAUAUGUCCCAGCACUUGAGGACGUGCUUGUAUGGGAUAUGAAGAAAGGGCAAAUGCUCUCGAUGUGGCAUGAAACAGGACACAGAUCUGAGGUUACUUGCAUGUGUCGUUCUCCUCAAGAAAACAUUUUUGCGGUGGGCUACGCUGAUGGUUCAGUACGCCUUUGGAAUAGUGCAUUUGUCUCCGUCAUUGCAACAUUUAAUGGACACCAAAAAUCCGUUACUGCUCUCGCAUUUGAUGCACAAGGAGCCCGCCUUGCUUCUGGCUCGCAAGAUACAGAUAUCAUCAUGUGGGAUGUUGUAGCAGAAGCUGGUCUCUACCGUUUACGAGGCCAUCGCAAUCAAAUCACAACCAUACAAUUCCUUUCCGAGCCUGAACUUCCUUCCACCUCGACUGGUUCACGCUCUCAUAUGCUACUCACGACAUCAAAAGAUACGUUCAUGAAGUUAUGGGACACUUCUACUCAACAUUGUGUUCAGACAAUUGUUGCUCACCGCUCUGAGGUUUCUUCCCUGGAUAUCGAUCCAGAGAAGAACUUUAUCUUCACUGGAAGCAGUGAGGGCGAAGUUAAAGCAUGGAAAAUCGACCACGAAUCACUGUCGCAAGGCUUAGUGGAAAAUGAGGCAGGCGAGGUCGCAAAGAUGAUCCAUCCUGUUACCAGCCUCCCGCUCUCGUCACGUCACCGUGUAUCUCAGAUUUUAUUCCAUCCGUCACAACCAUACCUUGCUGUUCAGUCACACGACCGAUCCAUUGAAAUCUUUCGUAUCCGAACUGAGGAGGAAAUCAGAAAGAAGCAAGCUAGACGGAAAAAGCGUGCAAAAGAGAAGGGAAAAAGCAAACAGAAAGGGAAAGAUAUCGAUGACGCCGUGGAGGAUGCUAUGGAUGUUGACCAGGAGAUCAACGUGAUUGACCUUUUCACGCCUUACCUUGUGGUUCGAGCAAGCGCAAAAGUUCGAUCCUUCGAUUUUGGUUCCAAGGAAGCUGUAUCGAAACCUGGUGUUCAGCUCUUUGUGGCAUUGUCGUCAAACGCCCUUGAAGUGUACAAUAUUCCACCCCCUACGAAGUCCAAGGAAGAGACACCUGAAGCCACUCGGAUGUUUUCGGUUGAUCUUCCCGGACAUCGUACAGAUGUGAGGACUUUGUGUUUGAGUGCAGAUGACCAGAUACUUGCGUCAGCAUCUAAUGGUUCCUUGAAACUAUGGAACUUGAAAACGACAGCGUGCAUACGCACAAUAGACUGCGGCUACGCUAUUUGCAGUACAUUCCUUCCUGGAGACAGACAUGUCGCUAUUGGAACGAAGUCAGGGGAGAUUCUAAUAUAUGAUUUAGCAUCUUCGGCACUCACGGAGACCGUGAAAGCCCAUAGCUCCACUGUUUGGUCGUUGCAUGUUCGCCCAGACGAGCAAGUUUUGGUCAGCGGUAGUGCUGAUAAAGAAGUUAAAUUUUGGGAGUUCGAGCGUAAUGUUUUUUCCAAUGACGAGAUCAAAAAGUCGAUGACGUUAAAUCACACACGAACGUUGAAGAUGUCGGAUGAAGUCCUGUCUGUCAGAUACAGCCCGAAUGGAAAACUAUUGGCAGUAGCCCUACUGGACUCCACGGUCAAGAUUUUCUAUCAAGACACCCUAAAGUUCUUCCUUUCUCUAUAUGGUCACAAGCUGCCUGUAUUAGCAAUGGACAUUUCGGAUGAUUCAAAGCUCAUCGUUACGUGCUCUGCGGACAAAAAUGUGAAGAUCUGGGGCCUCGACUUUGGUGACUGCCACAAGUCAAUAUUUGCUCACGAGGAGAGUGUCAUGCAGGUACUCUUUGAGCGAAAGUCACAUUACUUCUGGACUGUUGGCAAGGAUAAGAUGCUCAAGUAUUGGGAUGGGGACAAGUUUGAGAACAUCCAGAAACUUGAUGGUCAUCACAACGAGAUUUGGGCAUUGGCUGUAAGCAACCAUGCCAAAUUUGUAGUGACGGGCUCGCACGAUAAGUCCAUUAGAGUUUGGGAGAAACUCGACGAACCACUUUUUCUCGAGGAAGAGCGGGAGCGAGAGCUUGAACAAAUCUAUGAGGACGGGAUUGCAAACGCACUUAACCGUCCUGACAUAUCCAUCGUCAACAACGGCGAAGCUGAUGAGCAACCCUCUGGGGAAGCAGCUGCGGUCACCAAGCAAACUUCGGAAACACUCAUGGCGGGCGAACGUAUUAUAGAGGCGUUGGACCUCGCUGAUGCCGAGCGGGCUGCUUUCCAGGAAUAUGAAGAGAAGGUUGCUCAAGCCGGUUCACUAGAGGCCGCAGGGAUGCAGCCACCGCCUCGAAACCCCAUUCUCGCAGCAUAUGACUUAGAACCUGAGGCAUACGUCCUACGAGUUGUCGAGAAAAUAUCCAGUACUGCUUUGCAUGACGCCCUGCUAGUGCUACCAUUUGACAAGGUAGUUUCGUUGAUGCGCUACUUGGACCUAUGGGCACAGAAAGGGUGGAAUAUUUCCCUCGUCUCUCGCAUAUUAUUCUUCCUCUUGAAGAUCCAUCACCACCAGAUCGUGACUAAUCGUGUCAUGCGCACGGCGUUAAUCCCGUUACGCGUCCACUUACGCAGGUCCCUGCGCCGCGAGAAAGAUACCAUUGGAUAUAAUCUGGUUGCAUUACAACAUCUUCGCCGAAGAACAGAAGCAGAGAGGACUGCCCAGUUUUAUGAAGAGGAAGACUUCGAUGAGGAGAAAGUUCGCGCGAAGAUCGCAGAAGGCAAAAAGAGAAAAAGGGUUUCCAUCAAAGCUUAA